ACGAGAGUAACGACGCAUCAUUUUUAUUGAAAAUUUAAUCGUUCAUUAAAACUAGAAAAAAGUCUCAAUUUCGUCGGAAAAUAUCGUAAAUCGCUAGAAUAGCGAUGUUUGAAAACGAAGAUGGGGAUCACUUCGAGGAGGAGGAUCCAGAGGAAAUCUCUCACGAACUGUGGCAGGAAGCCUGCUGGAUCGUGAUCAACGCUUAUUUCGACGAAAAGGGUCUGGUGCGGCAGCAGCUGGACAGUUUCGACGAAUUCAUUCAGAUGUCCGUUCAACGUAUUGUGGAAGAUUCCCCGGCAAUUGAAUUGGCGGCCGAAGCGCAGCACACUUCAGGGGAUAUUGAAACACCGACUCGAUACGUUCUGAAAUUCGACCAGAUUUACCUUUCGAAGCCAACCCAUUGGGAAAAGGAUGGUUCCCCGUCGCCUAUGAUGCCGAACGAAGCUCGCCUUCGCAAUUUGACCUACUCUGCUCCCCUGUACGUGGACAUUACUAAAACCAAAAUCGUCGAAGGUCAAGAUCCGGUUGAAACUCAACACCAGAAAACGUUCAUUGGAAAAAUUCCGAUCAUGUUGCGUUCGACGUACUGUUUGCUGUCCCAACUGACGGAUCGUGAUUUGACAGAAUUGAACGAGUGCCCUCUCGAUCCGGGUGGUUAUUUCAUCAUCAACGGUUCAGAGAAGGUUUUGAUUGCUCAGGAGAAAAUGGCCACCAAUACCGUGUACGUGUUCAGCAUGAAGGAUGGAAAAUACGCGUACAAGUCUGAAAUUCGUUCCUGCUUGGAGCACAGUUCGCGUCCGACUUCCACGCUUUGGUGUAACAUGAUGGCUCGUGGUGGUCAGAGUAUCAAAAAGUCGGCCAUUGGUCAGCGAGUGAUUGCUAUUUUGCCCUACGUCAAACAGGAAAUUCCUAUUAUGAUCGUGUUCCGAGCUCUGGGGUUCGUGGCGGAUCGUGAUAUUCUAGAGCACAUUAUCUACGACUUUGACGAUCCGGAGAUGAUGGAAAUGGUUAAGCCAUCGUUGGAUGAAGCUUUCGUGGUGCAAGAGCAGAAUGUGGCGUUGAAUUUUAUUGGUGCGAGAGGUGCCCGGCCUGGUGUCACCAAGGACAAACGUAUUAAGUACGCUAAGGAAAUCCUGCAGAAGGAAAUGUUACCCCAUGUGGGUGUUUCGGAUUUCUGCGAAACGAAGAAGGCAUAUUUUCUGGGCUACAUGGUACAUCGAUUGCUCCUGGCUGCUUUGGGUCGCCGUGAACUGGACGAUCGUGAUCACUACGGAAACAAACGACUGGAUUUGGCCGGACCAUUGUUGGCGUUCUUGUUCCGAGGAUUGUUCAAGAAUCUGAUGAAGGAAGUCCGAAUGUAUUCCCAAAAGUUCAUCGAUCGUGGAAAAGACUUCAAUCUGGAGCUGGCAAUCAAGACAAAGAUCAUUACCGAUGGCUUGCGUUAUUCGUUGGCCACGGGUAAUUGGGGAGAUCAGAAGAAGGCUCAUCAGGCCCGUGCUGGAGUGUCUCAGGUAUUGAACAGACUUACAUUCGCCUCCACCUUGUCCCAUUUGCGUCGCGUCAACUCUCCGAUUGGACGUGACGGUAAAUUGGCCAAGCCUCGUCAGUUGCACAAUACUCUUUGGGGUAUGAUUUGUCCAGCCGAAACACCGGAAGGUGCUGCUGUCGGAUUGGUAAAGAACCUAGCCCUUAUGGCCUACAUUUCUGUCGGAUCGCAACCUUCGCCCAUUCUUGAGUUCUUGGAGGAGUGGUCCAUGGAAAAUUUGGAAGAAAUUGCUCCGUCCGCCAUUGCCGAUGCGACCAAGAUCUUUGUUAACGGUUGCUGGGUCGGAAUUCAUCGUGAUCCCGAACAGUUGAUGGCCACCCUUAGGAAACUGCGUCGUCAGAUGGAUAUCAUCGUAUCCGAAGUAUCUAUGAUUCGGGAUAUCCGAGACCGAGAGAUUCGAAUCUACACAGAUGCUGGGCGUAUUUGCAGACCAUUGCUGAUUGUCGAAAACGGAAGCCUGUUGCUACGCAAAAAUCACGUGGAUAUGUUAAAGGAUCGCGACUACAACAACUACGGUUGGCAGGUGCUGGUUGCCUCCGGUGUCGUUGAAUACAUAGACACAUUGGAAGAGGAAACCGUCAUGAUCGCUAUGACCCCAUAUGAUUUGAAACAGGACAAAGAGUACGCAUACUGUACGACAUACACACAUUGCGAAAUCCAUCCGGCUAUGAUCCUCGGUGUUUGCGCGUCCAUUAUUCCAUUCCCCGAUCACAAUCAGAGUCCUCGUAACACUUAUCAAAGUGCUAUGGGUAAGCAAGCUAUGGGCGUCUACAUUACAAACUUCCACGUCCGGAUGGACACACUUGCCCACGUACUCUACUACCCAAUGAAGCCACUCGUCACUACCCGUUCCAUGGAAUAUCUACGGUUCCGUGAGCUCCCGGCCGGUAUCAACUCGAUCGUAGCCAUUCUCUGCUACACCGGUUACAACCAGGAAGAUUCUGUCAUCUUGAACGCAUCCGCCGUAGAGCGUGGCUUCUUCCGAUCGGUGUUUUACCGUUCAUACAAGGAUUCCGAAAGCAAAAAAAUUGGCGACCAAGAAGAACAAUUUGAAAAACCGAACCGUCAAAGCUGCCAAGGUAUGCGAAAUGCCCUCUACGACAAACUGGACGAAGACGGUAUCAUUGCUCCAGGACUUCGUGUCUCCGGUGACGACGUGGUCAUUGGAAAAACUAUAACCCUUCCCGAUACUGAAGACGACCUGGAUGGAACCACCAAACGCUACACCAAGCGAGACGGUUCCACCUUCCUACGUAAUUCCGAAACGGGAAUCGUCGAUCAAGUCAUGUUGACCCUCAACAGCGAAGGCUACAAGUUCUGCAAAAUCCGUGUCCGUUCGGUUCGUAUUCCACAGAUCGGUGACAAAUUCGCCUCCCGUCACGGUCAAAAAGGUACCUGUGGUAUCCAAUAUCGUCAGGAAGAUAUGCCCUUCACCUGCGAGGGACUCACACCGGACAUCAUCAUUAACCCGCACGCCAUUCCGUCGCGUAUGACAAUUGGCCAUUUGAUCGAGUGUAUCCAGGGUAAGCUGGGUUCGAACAAGGGAGAAAUCGGUGACGCCACUCCGUUCAACGAUGCUGUCAACGUGCAGAAGAUUUCUACCUUCCUGCAGGAAUACGGCUAUCAACUCCGUGGCAACGAAGUAAUGUACAACGGUCACACUGGUCGUAAGAUCAAUGCCCAGGUUUUCCUUGGCCCUACCUACUAUCAACGUUUGAAGCAUAUGGUGGACGAUAAGAUUCACUCGCGUGCCCGUGGUCCGGUGCAGAUUCUGGUACGACAGCCUAUGGAGGGUCGUGCCCGUGACGGUGGUCUACGUUUCGGUGAGAUGGAACGUGAUUGUCAAAUCUCUCACGGUGCUGCCCAGUUCUUGAGGGAGCGUCUGUUCGAGGUGUCCGAUCCCUACCGGAUACAUGUGUGCAACUUCUGCGGGCUGAUUGCGAUCGCCAAUAUGCGGAACAACACGUUCGAGUGCAAGGGAUGCAAGAAUAAGACUCAGAUAUCACAGGUGAAGCUACCGUACGCUGCUAAGCUGUUGUUCCAAGAGCUGAUGUCUAUGAACAUAGCACCUCGUCUGAUGGUGUUGUAAGAUGUGGGACACCUGAAUUACAUGUCCCCAGCAUCAGCAGUAAUCAUUGGUUGCAUUCAAUUUUAU